AUGGUUAAAACUCCAAUAAAAGUCAUAGUUCGAACAAGACCAACAGUAGAAUUUGCUUAUAAAAAUAUCAAUAUCAAUGAGAACACUGGACAUAUAGCAAUCAAUAUACCAAAAUCAGCUGAAUAAGGUAUGAAUAUUGAUUUUAAACUGAAAGGAUUUGUGAAUCAUUAAUAAGAAGAUUGGGGAUUUACCUUUGAUAAGGUUCUUUAGAAUGCAAGUCAAGAAGUUGUGUUUGAUAUCUGCGGAAAAGAAUUAAUACACAGUGCUCUUGGAGGAUAUUCUGGAACAAUAAUGGCGUAUGGAUAAACAGGGGCAGGAAAGACCUUUACAAUGAUGGGAUCUCAAAUUGAUUACAAAUAUAGAGGAAUGAUGCCAAGAUGCAUAAGCUUAUUGUUUCAAGAAAUAGAAGCCAGAUAUGAAUAAUAAAUUACUGUAGGAGUUUCAUAUUUGGAGAUAUAUAACGAAAUGAUGUAUGAUUUAUUGGCUGGAGGAGAUCAGAACACUGGUUUGGCUAUCUAGGAAGACAACAAUGGUUAUGUGCAAGUCAAAGGGUUGACAAUUAAAAAGUGCUAAACCGAAGAAGAUGCAAUAGCUUAAUUAUUUGAAGGAGAAACUAAUAGGACUAUCAGUGAACACAAACUCAAUAAAGCAUCAUCGAGAUCUCAUUGUGUAUUUACAGUUCAUUUGGAAAUAAGAUCAAGAGUUGAAUCAGCUGAAAAAGUUAUUAUAAGCAAAUUGAAUUUAGUGGACUUGGCAGGAUCUGAAAGAACAAAGAAAACAGGAUCAGAAGGUAGAACUCUAUUGGAAGCCUAAUUCAUCAAUAAAUCGCUCUCAUUUUUAGAAUAAGUAGUCGUAGCAUUAUCAGAGAAAUAAAGGGAUCACAUUCCCUAUCGACAAAGCAAAUUGACAAAUCUUCUCAAAGAUUCAAUUGGAGGAAACAGUAAGACAGUUAUGAUUGCUAAUAUAUGGCCAGAGAAAAAUCAAUUGGAAGAAACUAUAUCCACUUUGAAAUUCGCAUAAAGAAUGAUGAAGGUUACUAAUGAAUCUACCGUCAGAGUUAAUUUGGAUCCAUAAGUAUUGAUAAAAAAAUAUGAAAAAGAAAUCAAAGAUCUGAGAUAAGAAUUAGCAAUGCAUGAUACAUUGGCUAAUAGAGGUAGGAUAUAAUAUGAGCCAUAUACACCUGAACAAUAAUACAAAUAAUAAUAGAUAGCGUAACAAUUUUUGAAUGGGGAACUUGAAGAUAUUGAUAUUGACUCAUUGAGAUAAGUCAAAGAACUAUUCUUCCAAUUUAGGAAUCUCUAUAGAAAUUUAGUUAAAGAUUUGGAAAAUAAAAACUACGUUCCAAGAACUGAAAAAGAACCUGAUGUUUCAAAGAAGAAGAGUGACUAGGUUAAAACAGUAGAUCCUGUUGGAUAUGAAGAAAACAAAAAUGGAUUUGGUUUGGGUAAGGCAAGAAAAGAUGCUAAACCAACUACCAACAUAGAGAACUUAGUGAAUAUUCCUAAGGAUGAAUUCAAACAAUUAGAUGAAAAGGCGUAAUAAGAAUUAAGGAAGGAGAGUUAAAUUACAGAGGCUAAUAAGGAAUCUACUAUUGAAAAGAGAAUAGUUAAUGUCGAUAAAUAGCAAGCAUUUACUGAUUUUAAGAACAAAGAGGGUUCUUCUAUUAAUCAAUAAAUACUAGAAAAUAUUAAUCAAUUGAAAGAAAAGAAGGAAAGUAUUAUCUCUUUAUCAGAGGUUUCAAUCCAGCUUAAAUAGAGAAUUGAAAGAAAGAAGGGAGUUAUAGAAUAAAAACAAUUGAAUAAAAAUUAGGAGGAAAUUGCCUAAGGUAUUAUUGAUGAAGAAGAAUAUGUAACUUUGAAAGAGCUUAAGGAAUUAAAAAAGGAACUAAAAUAAAACUAAGAAAAUAUCAAAAAUCUUAAGUCUGAGAUUAUCUUGAUAGAUUAAUCUAUCGUACAAUCUAAAUAAGCUUUGGUUUCAAAAUUUGAGGAGCAUUUUCUUAAAAAAUAUGGAUUAACAUUGCAAGAUAUCAACAACCCACUUGUUAAUCAAAAAGAGGAAGAGUAUUCCAUCAAUGAUCCUUCAGAAUAAGAUGACGUUGACCAAGAUGCUUUAGCUUACAUAAGAGCAAAGAAUAAGGUUACACAAUUGCAAAAGGCAAGAAAGUAAGAAAAAAUGCACAAAUGAUAAACAUAUUUAUCUAUAAUAAAUCCUUAUGGAUAACAAUUUAUUACUCA